GAGGAGCGGGAGCCGGCGCGGCUGUGCGGCUACCUGCAGAAGCUGUCGGGCAAGGGCCCGCUGCGCGGCUACCGCAGCCGCUGGUUCGUGUUCGACGCGCGCCGCUGCUACCUCUACUACUUCAAGAGCCCGCAGGACGCGCUGCCCCUCGGCCACCUGGACAUCGCGGACGCCUGCUUCAGCUACCAGGGUCCCGACGAGGCGGCCGAGGCCGGCGCCGAGCCGCCCGCGCACUUCCAGGUGCACAGCGCGGGCGCCGUCACGGUGCUCAAGGCCCCUAAUCGUCAGCUCAUGACCUACUGGCUGCAGGAGCUCCAGCAGAGGCGGUGGGAGUACUGCAGCAGUCUGGACAUGGUGAAGUGGGACAGCAGGGCCUCCCCGACCCCGGGGGAUUGCUCUAAGGGUCUCGUAGCCAGAGAUAACUCAGGUAAGUCACAGGUGGGGGGACCCGCGCCCGAUCCUCGUGCACAGCUGUUGGCCACGGCAGGUCAGCUGGAUGGAUGUUCCGAACCAAAGUAGCGAUGAUCCCUUUCCAACGGUGGCGUUCCCUACUUUCCGGGGGCUUCCAUGUACGGAGUCGUAUUCAAGCCUGAUGACGACCCCUAUGUUGCCUGCCCGUGCCCCCCCUUAAGGUGACGCACCCGCCCCCCCCGCCGAUGCGUUCACAGACGUUUGUACGCGCUUUGUUCUCAAAGCCGUGCUCCUGACAUCUCCCCAAGGAGACUUUAACGAUUCCAUUUUAUUCUAGGUUUUUGUGGCAUUUCAACAACUCUUGCUAAUUCCCAGACAGUCUCAGUGUAGAGAUAAUGGGGCUUUUUGUUUGAAUAUCGAGACAGUGAAACGCCAUGGCGUCCUCAUGACGGGUUGUGUUGAGCAGCACUUGCUUGCUGACCAUCCGUGCCGGGGCUCCUGCCUUCCUCAUGGGAGAGGGCAGGCCACGGAGGCCUGAAGCCAGGCAUGACAGGUGCACACGCCAGGGUCCAGCCAGUGACGGCUGGUUCUCUCGCCUACAAAGAGGUGAGGUCUGCACUUCCUGACGCCCGCGGGACCUUCUGCUCCUCAGAGCACAGGCUCCGUCAAGUUCCCUGCAAGCCACAGCUGCCUUGUUCCAGAAGCAGAUGCCCACAGAGCCCCACCCUGCAGGCCCCUGCUGCCCUGCCCACCGUGUGCUCGACAGCCACAGCAGGGUCUGCGGCCAGACCCCGCGGUCAGUGACAUGGUCACACCUGUCCACACGCACUCCCGUGAGGUCCUCACGUCCCCACACCCUGAGGGCACCAAGAGCCGAGGGGGCACCUCUGUGUUCCGUGCACAGUUCCUCUGGGUGUUUGAAAGCCGCUCUCCUAGGGGUUUUGACCAGAAGCAGCUCCGUGACCCUGCUGGUGCCUCAGGGGUGGGGCUCACACCGUCUGUCCGUUCCUUUACUUUUAAAGUUUCGUGGUUUAUAAUCUCCAUGCCCAACGUGGGGCUCAGCCUCGAGAUGGAGGGGUGCACACUCUAGCGACCAAGCCAGCGGGACGCCCUGGUUCCUUUGUUCUGAGGACGGAGUACGUCUGACAGACCCAGGGCGCUAGACCGAAGGGUGUUUGUAACUCAGAUUUGUAUUAAAAAGAAAGCCUUCCUUGUCUUCUGACCUCGUUGCCCCUCGUUCGGGGCAUUCUCAUUUUCAUCCCUCGCUGUCGUGCAAGCACCCGCAGCCCUGACAUCGCGGGAAUGGGCAGCUCUGGUGGGCAGGUGGCUGUGCGUCCUGGGAGGAAGCUCCGUCGGCCGAAGCGGCCCCGGGGCCCCGAGCUGAACGUACGUACUGCCACCUGGGACGCCAGCAAGCCUGCCGAGCCCUGCUCCACUGCCCCGGCACGUCUGUCUGUCUGAGCCGCGGUCUGCUCAUCAGCGGGAUGGAGAGCGUGCCCUGCUCCAGUCUGUGGUCUGGGCGGUGGGAUCUAAGGACCGAGAAGUCACAGUCCGUGCUCUCGAGGAGCGGGUGAGGGGCCCAGGCCGGUGCAGGCAGCUGUGAGAGGCGGUCUGAGGAGCGCGGCGCAGCGUGAGCCCGGCCGGCCUCGGGGUGCAGAAGGAGGUCCAGCGGGAGCGAGAGGCCGGAGAGGAAGCUGGAUGGAUGGUCAGGGGCCAGACCUGGGGGUGCAUCACCAGACAAGGGAGAGCAGGGUGAGCGACGGCUGGGACGUGCUGAGUGCUGGGGAACGCACCGGCCAGCGG